ACAGCGAAGAGGGCGACGUUCCCGACGACUCAGCUGCUGAAAAAAGCGGUCGGGGGCCAAUUCUGAACUUGGAGUGCCACACAAAUAAUGCCAGAGCCAGGUCUCCAUUUGAAGUGGAAGGCGAAAAGAGUUGAGGGGCGAUCAUGGGGCCGUGCAUUCCAGGGAAAACCUACAGACCCCUCCGGCCCAUGCGACGAUUUUGCCAAUUAGUCCCUGGCAUUCGGACCAUAGGAAUUGUCGAAGGACCAAUGCAUUUGUGACGGAUAUUUUGGCUCACAAGUUCAAACCAUCCGGAACCCUGAAUGGUUGGGGGCCGACCAACGCUUGGCUCAAUGUUAUGUUAUGGUUGGCCACAGGUGAACUCUGAAGAUUGGAUCAAACACAGGAAAAAGGCACACUUCGCCACAGUAAACACAUCGGCAUCAUGAAUAGUCCCAGAUUUGAUCGCCUAUAAUGUGUCUAGGAAUAGGAGUGCUCAUGAUUUUUCUGUCUCAGUCCAUCAUUUUAUCUCAAAGCCAGGGCAUAUUAUCUUCCACCAGUCUGGAUUCGUGUAACUUUGCCAGUUUGCAAUGCUCCUAUCGAACGGGCUGUGGGACGGCCUUGAAGAGCUAUUUGAUUGAAUGCGAUCCCCUCAUUCAAAAUCGGACUCAGGAUUGCACAGAGGGGUGCAAAAAUACCCUGAUUGGUCUGACGUCCACCCCCGAAGGCCAGCGUCUUAUGACUUGCGAUUGCGAGGAUGAUCGUUGUCGAAGAGCCAAGGUCCAUUUGGAAACCUGUCGCCGGGAAGUGUUGUACGCCACCCGAAAUGACACGGUGGUGAGUUGUUCCGAGGCCCGUUGGAUUUGCAUGUCGGAUGCGGAGUGUGGCAAGGCCCUGGAAUACUACCACCAUCUCUGUCGAGCCAUGUUCAAGGGUCGACGGUGCACCGAGCGAUGCAAGAACAGUGUCUCCAUUUUGAGCCGUCAAGGCCAGGCUGCCAAGUUGAGUCAGUGCGAGUGUCGAGCCAACGAGACCAUCGAUGAGUUCCAAUGCUCGGUUGUUCAAGAGAACAUGAGUCGAUUGUGUUUUGACCGCAAAGAAGUGGAACGAGAAGAACUGGGAAACGGAGAGGGGAAAUCUGGAACGGUGACAAAUGUGGUGGUUGAGGGAGGAGGGGACGUUUUGGAUAACAAAGUCAGCUCAUUGGAUGAUCGAGCGAAAAUGGACCGAGCAUGUGCUCUACCAACAGCCAGGCUGGCUUUCGAAAUUCUUUUCAUUUGUAAAUUCAUUCAGACAUGGUUUUAUCAAAACGCAAUAUAGUUAUAGAACACACCGCUAAUA